AUGGAACCUCAUGGCUUCUCCAACCAUUGGGGGUAUCCACCACCAUCCGAGUGGUAUUACCCCGAGACCCCCUGGAGCAAUCAAGGAGGAGAAGACUAUGGAUUCGGGUUCCAGUACAAACCCCCUUACUAUGGUGAACAAUCAGACCCCUGGGCAUAUCAAGAACAACCUCAUUACCAAGAAGACUUUCUCCCACAACCAGAAGGGCCAUCGGAGCUGGAGUUACACAUGGCGGCCUUCACGGGCCACUCUGCAGAGCCAUGCUACACUUCACUCGAAGAUCCGAACAAACAAUUAAGGCUUCUCGUGGAGCAGUUUGCUCGAGACACUGAGAGAUCAUGCUCCAAGAUGGAUCUUUAA